CUAGAGAACUGGCUGCCUUACCUGCCACACAAGGGAGGGGUUUAGCUCUAACAAACCCGGAAGGAACAAUAGGCUGCGUUUGGAAGAGAAGCGCUUGAGGGAGAGACAGGGACCUGUUCCCGUCAGUCAGGAGCGGCGGAUUUUAUGCUUUUCACGUUGCCUUAACGCUGAGCAGCAGAAAGUGACGGCGAGAGGAGGCGCAAUGUGGACGCGCCGGUGGAUACAGUUUCUCGUCCUGUGUCUCCACUUGUGGGUGACGGUGGAAGGUUAUCUAGGAGUCUUCAGGGGUGAUGUGAAUGAAACAAUCACUUUGUCUUGUAACAACGUCACAGAACUUACAGCAUGGUUUAAAGACAACAACUCUGGAGUAGUACUAGCUUGUGACGGUGAUAACUCAUCAGAUGGCCGCUUCUCUAGAAUUAAUGGGUCUUCCCUUGUGAUAACAAUGCUGCAGAUACAGGAUGAAGGGAACUACUCAUGUAGUAAAUGCUCGGAGGAUAAAAGCUCUCAGGCCUAUAUACAACUCAAGGUUUCUAGUGGACCAUAUAAUGUGCUUGCUGACAUCUCUCCUACCAGAACUCUACCAAAUGGUACAAUUUACACCUCCGUGGGCUCUAAUCUCUCCUUUGGAUGCUCCAGCAACUCUUACCCAGCACCAGAUCUAGAGAUUGUGCUGCAAAGAACAGAUGCAAAUCCAGAACCAUUUCCCUCCAUUAAAGGGGACAACUCCCUUCAGUUUAAUUUAAUCAAUGUUGCUUCUAAUUACCAAGGAAACUAUACAUGUUCAGCAGUGAAUCCUCUCUCUGGUCGAAAGUUGAACUCUACCCGUCAGCUUUUAGUUUACCGUCCACCAAUUACUCCAAUCAAAUGCUAUGCAAAUAAUUCACUGGGAUUCUCUAAGAUGCUCCUCUCAUGCAGUUGGCCAGGAGGAUACCCAGAUCCAUUACUGCAGUGGGAACAAGAUGGCAAAAUUAUAGCAAAUGAAAGUUUUGCUGCCAACACUAAAGACACAUUGGUGACAUACCUUAACAGUUCCAGUCUGAGAGUCCGUCAGCAGUUUCAGUGCAGUGGCAAACAUCUCUCAACCAAAGAAAACAACAUGAAGACAUGUCAGAUUCAAAUAGAUCUUCCUUUGCUGGAAUCUCAGCCAAUGCGGACCUGUUUCACAGGGGAGAACGUGACCCUAUCCUGUUCUGUGUCUGGUGCUGUUCCAUCUGCUACAAUUACUUGGUUGCGUAACAUAAGCGACCCUGAAUCUGACAUACAGCCUGGAAAAAAAUACCUAAUCUCCCAGAAGGAUUCUCUUUCUUACCUUACUAUAUUGAACUGUUCCCAUGAAGAGGAUGAGGGAUACUAUACUUGCAAAGCAGAGAAUGUCUUGGGCAUAAAAGAGAUUAAUGUAUGGUUGACAGUGAAUAAGCCGCAUAAUAUUGUUGGACUGGUGACUGCUUUGCUGCUUCUGUUUUUGCUGGUGGUGGCCAUUAUCACAGGCACUGUUUUGUACUGUGAUCCUCAGAUAUAUCUGAAAGCAAAUCCCUUUAGAUCUGGAGCCACUGAUGUCUUGGUCUUGGUGGACUCUGAAGAUGAAGAGAAUGAAGAAGUUUUUGAUACUGCUGAAAGUGUGCAGUACACAGACAUAGUUCCCAACGUUCCUCCUCCUGCUGCAAAUGGACAUCUAAGCAAGCACGAAGUCAUGUUCCAUCGUCCCCCUGAAAGUACCAGCUCUGAUCUGUUCAGCGAGGUUUCAGAUGACACCGGAGAAGAGAAUCAAAACGAAGAGAUUUAAUAUUGAAGAUCUGUUCCAUAACAGGCGGGAUUCAGCCUACUCUCUAGUGUACAUGUUCCUUACAAUGACAAAAAACUUGAGUUUUGUAUGCUUUCCCCACUAUAAUCUUUGCUUUGUUUCACUGAUCCAGGAAUCACCUCCAGCUCUUGGAGUCUUCACACUAGCAGAGGGAGUAGCAAUGCACUGCUGGAGAUCCGAGAGGUUGCUAGGCUGGCUAACCACUCAGAUAUCUUUUUAUUACCUCCUAAGGAGGAUGAUUGAGCUAAUUUUAUUGCUAAUCUGAAUGUAUUGUGGUCAUGCCUAGGAGCUGUGCUUCUAGGAAUUUAACAUUUUUUAGAUCUUGUCUUGGGCCACUUUUUUAUUCUGCUAUUCUGUUUUAAACCUUUUUUAAUUAUACUGCAAAGUAAACAAAAUCUGUUUGUGUUGC